UUCUCUGUGGAAACGAGUAACCUUCUACCGCUAAUGCUACUAAAUAUCCUUCGCUCGAGCAUCAUUUUCCAGAAGGAGAAUGCUUCCACAAUUCUCCAUAAAAACUUGUUCUAACCAGUGAGCUGCUGAGGGAUGGCAGACGUUUAUUCAGAGGAUCAGCGGAACCUUAUCAUCCUCCUCUCCAGUCCACUCUCUGCCUUCAUCAUCCUCACAAACCUUUUCAUCAUUGUGGGCAUUCUGUGCAACCGUAAGCUUCAUAACACAGCUAACUACUUCUUCCUUAGCUUGCUGUUUGCUGACUUCUUCACUGGAGUGGCACUACCUUGUAUCCCACGUAUGAGGUUCAGCAAGGAUUUGAGUUACUUUCAGUGUUUAGCUGCCUUUAUAUCCCCCAAUUUCUUUUUCCUCUCCUUUUUGUCCAAUUUACUUAUGGUUCAUUAUGAAAAAUACCUGUGCAUCAUGUAUCCUUUACACUAUCGCAACCUCUGGGUACACCGUUUUGUGCCCUUUGCCUUGCUCCUUGUGUGGAUACUGCCACUAGUGUUUGCCUGCCUUCCCCUACUGGGCUGGAACUCCUGGGAAAUGAAUAACACAUGCUCCUAUGAAUUUGUCUUCCCCCGUCCCUACAUUUACCUAGAGACCUAUGGUGUUGUGAUUCCCUCUAUCCUAGCUAUUAUUUUUAUUACGAUCAAAAUGCUUUCUGUAGCCAGGAAGCAGCUAAUGGAUAUAAAAAAACUUCAUCGUUCAGUGCAGAGGGAAGCAGCCACCGUUCUGGAACGCCAGAUGAACCUUAGGUAUGCCAAGUGCAUUUCCAUCGUAUCCCUGACUUUCCUAGUAUGCUGGGUCCCUUACAUUGCUUUUCUCCAAGUCUCUGUACUUGCCAUGGCGCAGUACAAGAUCAGUUGGUGGAUUGUCCUUAUCACAACUUGUGUUGGGAGCGGCAGUGCUGCUGUUAUACCAGUCAUUCUUGGACUUACUAAUCGACAAUACACUGAACUUUAUAGGAAUAUCUGCCAAAAGUACUGUAGUCACUGCAGCAAAUCGCCAAAGAUACCAUGCAGACGUAAUGAAUUGACAAGGAAGGAGCACACUUUAGACGAUGGUUUAACAACUUUGCAGCAAUGUGAUUUCCAGUCUUAAGAAUAAACAGACUGCUAAUAUGCUGGAAAGGUAAUGGUGGUUUCUCUAGCAAGCAGCAGCGGAAUAGUCAUGUCUUGCACUGCUGCCCCAGACUUAAGAAAGAGUAAAAUACAGCUGGAAAGAACAGAGAUGUGUUUGUCUUUAUUGCAGCAGACUUUGAUACAGAACUCAUUCUGGUUUCUUUGGCAGCAUUCCCAUCCCACCAUGACUACAGAACAUUAGAAUGUAAUUUAAUAGAGGCACCAGUGCACUUCCGCUUUUUGUUUACAAGAUCAGGCAGACUGCAGGAAUGGUACAUGGGAGCAAGCUAUUUGUCAAGUGCAUUGCUGGCUUAUCCCAUAUUUGUUUACAGUUUUGUCUUAAAUAUAGUUGCCAAUAUGAUCUAUAGACGAGUAAUAGCUCUGCUAAUCUAUAACAUGACUCAUUGUUACAGGAGAAACUGCUUCAAAUACUGAAGGAUUUAAUGAGUGUACAGUAAAUAUACUAAGAGGUUGUCUGAUGCAUCAGCACAGGGAUCCGGGAAAGGACUAAAAAUGGGACUGUAGCUGAAUAUCCAGAACUGGUUGCAACUGUACAUAAAGCAAUUUUUUAUUAUUAUUUUUUUUCUUUUAAUGGGGCAUUCACUAGUUACUCUAAUUAUGUUAUACAACAUGUUGUAAAGAUUACAUACACUUUCCAUUAGAAGUGAGUGUCCCCAAACAAAUUAUUUUUAUUUCUUGCCUCAGUUUCUGCUAUAAUGCAGUUAGGACGUUUACACUGUGGUUAAGGACUGAUGACAAAAUGUUUUCUUUUAUUAAAUGGGUUUAAAACCCAAAAUGUUUCCUUCAUGAUUCAGAUACAGCAUACAAUUUAAACAACUUUCCAAUUUAGUUCUGUUAUCUUGUUCACAAACACCUAGAUUAUGAGUUUUGCGCUAAACAGGGUGCGAAACUAAUACCAAAAAGUUGUGUUAUUUCACUCUCUAUAGUACUGCCAUUACGAGUUACUGAAAAGCCUCCUUGUGCAUGCGAUAUGGUGGCAUUAAGCUCCAUACCGCACAAAAUGCAAGGGCUGCUUUGAUGUGCUCAUGCACGCUUUCCCCCAUAGACAUCAAUGAGAGAGUGUUAGAAAAAAAACUAACACCUGAAGUGCAGAAUAAAACAUCUUCGUAACGCAGCCCCAUUGAUAUCUAUGGGGAAAAAGUUACGUUUAAACCUAACACCCUAACAUAAACCCAAAGUCUAAACAUCCCUAAUCUGCCGCUCCCGACAUCGCCGACACUAAUAAAAGUUAUUAACACCUAUUCUGCCGCUCCCCGACAUCGCCGACACUAUAAUAAAGUUAUUAACCCCUAUUCCACCGCUCCCCAACAUUGCCGACACUACAAUAAAGUUAUUAACCCCUAUUCCGCUGCUCCCCGACAUCGCUGACACUAAUAAAAGCUAUUAACCCCUAAUCCGCUGCUCCCCGACAUCACUACCACUAUAAAAAAAUAAAUAACCCCUAAACCUCCAGCCUCCCACAUCGCUGCCACUAAAUAAACCUAUUAACACCUAAACCGCCGGACCCCACAUUGCAAAACACUACAUUUAACUAUUAACCUCUAAACCUAACACCCCCCUAACUUUAAAUUAAAAUUACAAUAUAACUAUAUUUAAAUAAAUAAAAACUUACCUGUGAAAUAAAAAUAAACCUAACAUUAAACUAUACAUUAACCUAACAUAACUAUUCCAAUAAAAUAAAAAAAUACUACCAAUUAAAAAAUCGAAAUUACAAAUUUCAAAAAACUUAACACAACGUAAAAAAUAAAAAAAUCUAAAAUUACAAAAAUAAUAAUUACUAAAUUAUAAAAAAUAAAAAUCACUAAGCUUACAAAAAAUAAUAAACAAAAUGAUCAAAAAUAAAAACAAUUACACCUAAUCUAAUAGCCCUAUAAAAAUAAAAAAGCCCCCCAAAAUUAAAACACCCCCUAGCCUACAAUAAAUUACCAAAAGCCCUUAAAAGGGCCUUUUGUAGGGCAUUGCCCUAAGUUAAACAGCUCUUUUACCUGUAAAAAAAUACAAAGUCCCCCCAACAGUAAAACCCACCACCCAACCAACCCCCCAAAAUAAAAAACCUAACUAAAAAAACCUAAGCUACCCAUUGCCCCUAAAGGGGCAUUUGUAUGGGCAUUGCCCUUAAAAGGGCAUUCAGCUCUUUUUCACUGCCCUUAAAAGGGCAUUCAGCUCUUUUACAAAAGCCCAAAGCCCUUAUCUAGAAAAAAAACCCACCCAAAAAAAAACUAAC